AUAUACAUUUAUAAGGUGAAGGCAGCGUAGAGACGCUUACGGCUUGUCUUCUAAACAUUAGUCUUCGAGCUACCUUCUUCCGCUAGCUUCUUCUUCCCUGCAUACAAUAAAGACCCACCACAAUGGUGCACCAAAAGAGUCCGACUUUGAGCUCUAGGCUGAACAUCUUGCUCUGUGGGUGGAGCCAGUUCCAGGCUUCCAGCUACAUUAUCCUACCGCUCUUCACAGAAGGCCACAAUUUCCCAUCGUUGCAGGUCAAGCUAUUGAAGCAAAUGGUGUGGCAAAAGUUUGUAAUUUUCUGGAAAUCCUGAGUUUGAUAAGGAUGACUUGGUUGUGGGACACUAUUUGGAAGAGUGUAGUGUCAUCCUCGUCCCUAUGGGCAUUGGAUUCCAUUUUACGUAAGUUGCACUUUGACAGGGUGGAGAAUGUACUAUUAUUUACCCUGAAGGACUGAACAGUGGACUCAUUGAAACGACGUCGUAUAACCAACCCAACCGUAUAGCCGAGCAGAUAUCAGCACCCUUGCGGGCGUAUUAAGAAUUUUGCCGCCAGUUUCCGAUGAUCCAAAAUACCGUUGCAACAAAUAAGCCUUUAAGCACUGUCAUUUCUCUCUCACGCAAAUGCAAAACCCUAACCCAACUGAAGCAAAUUCAUGCUCAUAUCCUCAAAACCCUCCUUCCCGAGAACCCUAUUGCCAUUGGACCUCUCCUUUCUGUUGCUGCCACCUCCAACAACCCCUCUUUGUUCUCCUACGCUUGCUUAGUUUUCGACUAUAUUUGUCUCCGUAACACUUUCAUGUAUAAUACUAUGAUUAGAGGUUUUGUUCAAACAAAUUUGCCAAAACCUGCGAUUUUAUGCUAUUUGGAUAUGUUAAGUUGUGGCCUUGGCGUUAAUGCCUACACGUUUCCGCCCUUGAUUAAAGCGUGUUCGAUUCUUGUUCCUUCUUUCAAAUUAAUGGGUACUUUAGUUCAUGCCCAUGUAGUGAAAUUUGGGUUUUCUAAUGAUCCCUUUGGUGUGAGUUCGUUGAUUGAGUUUUAUUCUUUGGUUCAUAAUAUUGAAGCUGCACGAAUGCUGUUUGACAGAAGUCCUAAGAGGGAUGUCGUCAUGUGGACUGGGAUGAUUGAUGGCUAUGGAAAGGUGGGGGACAUUGAGAAAGCUAGAGAUUUGUUUGAGAAAAUGCCGGAGAGAAAUGUGAUAUCGUGGAGUGCAAUAAUGGCGGCUUAUUCUAGGGCUGGAGACUUCAAAGAGGUGCUUUGUCUGUUUAGGAGAAUGCAAGAAGCUGACAUGGUGCCUAAUGAGUCGGUUCUUGUUAGUGUUCUCACUGCUUGUGCUCAUCUUGGUGCUAUAACUCAAGGAUUAUGGGUACACUCUUAUGUGAAGCGGUUUAAUCUUGAAGCUAACCCAAUCUUGGCUACUGCAUUAGUUGAUAUGUACUCGAAAUGUGGUCAUGUGGAUUCAGCUCUGUCAGUUUUCAAGAGUAUUUUUAUUAAAGAUGCUGGAGCUUGGAAUGCUAUGAUUUCUGGAUUUGCAAUGAAUGGAGUUGCAAGGAAGUCCCUUGAAUUGUUUUAUGGGAUGAUCUUUAGUGGGACUCAACCCACGGAGACCACAUUCGUUUCUCUCCUUUCUGCUUUCACCCAUGCUAAGAUGGUUAAAAAUGGCCUUGAUUUGUUUGCAAAAAUGGGUAGUGUGUACGGGGUUAAACCUCAGGUUGAGCAUUAUGCUUGCAUUGUUGAUCUUUUGGCGAGAUCGGGCAUGGUAGAGGAAGCUGAAAAGUUUAUAGAUGAGAAGAUGGGAGGGCUUGGGGGAAAGGACGCUAAUGUGUGGGGGGCCCUUUUGGGUGCAUGUAGAAUUUAUGGGAAUGUUGAAGUAGGAAACAGAGUUUGGAAAAAGCUAGCUGAUAUGGGAAUAGUAGAUUCUGGUACUCAUCUAGUCUCAUACAAUAUCUAUAAGGAAGCUGGCUGGGAGAUGGGAGCCAAUAGAGUUAGGAAAUUAAUCUCAGAAGCAGGAGUGAAGAAGCAGCCUGGGAGCAGCGUCAUAGAGUUGAAUGGUGUGGUUGAAGAGUUCCUAGCUGGUGAUAUUGAACAUCCAAAAGCAAAUGAAGUACAUAGGACGCUUGAUUCUUUCUUCAAAUUGGUGAACAUGGGAAAUUUUGACAUUUUGCUUGAUGUUGCUUUCUGAUGCAAUUUAAAAGCAGUCUGAAUUGACUGCCCCUUCUUUGACAUAUCUCUGCAUGUUUAUGAAGAAGUGAAGAGAUCAUGAGAGUGGAAUGCAACUUUUGUAUCAGACGAGAAUUUGUAUAUCACAUAUGGAUAUUAUACUUGUUUGAUUUCGUAUCUUCUUAUUGCAGAACAACUGCAAGCAAGAUAAAAUAAGUCUGUUCAUAAAGAUCAGUGCUUUGUGAAUAUUUAACUCCACAUGGUAGUUAAUCUGAUGGGAAUCGAGAGAACCAUGUUAAGCAUAUUGAGUUUUUUAUUCA